GCGACGCGAUGAGGUCACGAUCGUCAGGGAAGGCAGAAGACGUUCAAUCUGUGCGCAUAUCCAGGAAGCUUGACAGCGAAAAAAGAUGACUGUUUGUGCUGUUGCAUGUGUCAUGGCUGCGCGUUGUCUUCACAACGGUGUCAGCGUAAGGGUCCAUGAAGUUGGGCCGGACGUGCGCAGGGGCAGGAAAGGGCAAUUUCGGGAUGCCGAUUCGGUAGGCGUGGGGCCGAGCGUCCUGAACUCUGACGUUGAGCACACAACAAGGUGCAAUUCGUCAUCCCGCCUACUUCACGAUCAAACACGGCCGUUGCAAUGUCGCGCCCUUGCCAGCAACGGCGCUCGAGUGCGGCUGCGAAUCGCAAAUCCAGGGGCUCCAAGCCAACAGGACCUCCCCCCAUCAGACACAAAGCACGACAAAAGGCGAUACACAAUGCUCGACACGGGCGCGGCGGAGGACGUGGCGGAGCGCGCGGCGGAGCGCGAGGUCGAGGCCGUGGCGGACAAGCAGGCGGUCGUGGCGGUCGUUUUGCACAGAAGAAUGGCAGGAACGACUCGGAACAAGAUUUCAUCCCUCUGUCCUCUGGUGGGAAUAAUUUCGAGGCGCUGUACCGGUCCAGCAGGCGGGACGACGAUUUCGAUCUGGAAGUGGAUGGCGACAGCAGCGACUCGGAGGAGCUCCUUGACGAGGACAUGUACGACGCCCAAGACAUCGCCAUCAAUGUACAGGCGCCACCGCCUACGACGAGUAGAGGGAGACAACCAAGAGCACAAAUCAUGUUUACCGAGGCAGCCGCCGUUGCCGUAUACGAUCAGAUCUAUCUGCGCAACUUCCCACUGACUACGACGACGACCCGAGUGCGCUACCUCCUCUACCAGGAAGACACUUCUGCCGAUUCGAGCGCAUACAUCUCCUUCGCGCCCUCCCCACUGUCCCGUCGAUCGAGCAUUAGCAGCGCCACCAGCGACGGUUCUAUGAACGAACCACCAACACCCGAGUACAACCCUGCACGCGACUACGUGUGGACAUUUGGAGCGCACAGCGGCAAGCGCUUCACGGAUGUUCCUGACAACUACGUCAAGACGAUUGGCGGUCAGCUCUACAAGUACAUGGACAAGCACGCGGGUCUCCUGGAAGCAUUCGAAUACCACAGGCCGGGACAAGCACGUCUUAAGCCACCACAGGCCGACCAGCCGCAGAUCCAACCCCAACGGACCCAGGCGCAAUCAUCGCGGCCACAGCCACAGCCACAGUCCCAGCCAUCUCAAUCACAAGCUCCUUCGGCGUCAGACACGUGGAGAUUCAAAAAAGGCAUUCACGAAGGAAAGCGGCUCCACGAUGUCCCAGAAAAUUACAUAAGAACGCUGGAGAAUAACCCGCUGGUUAGAAAUGCCUGGCCUGGAUUCAAGCAAGCAAUCGAGGAUUUCAAUGCAAAGACUGGCAGACGGGGCCGGGUCUGAUUGCACAAUAGCUGCACAAUAGCUACGACCUGGACGCACCUUCUACGAGCGUUUGUUGAUGCGGCGGUCCAAGCGGCAAUUUUGGGACUCACCUCACUCACCUUUGCGGCCAACGCCCUGCAACACCUCUUUGUCCGCAUACCCAGAUUCGUCUGACUGCGACUUUCUUGUACCACACUCUCCAAUUUUUGCGCUCGCGAAUGCUCACAGCUGUAUCACAUCUCACCCCGUCAUGGCAAGUCACGGAAAACGCGCGCAACCAGAUUCAGAAGCAUCUCAGUC